AUGGCCGUUGGCUCGCGGGUGACCGUGGUGGCCCGGCCGAGGAGGAGGGAGGGGGCGGCGUCGUCGCAGUUCAUGGUGGAGCUGCUGGGCACCAAGGCCGUGCAGGGGGAGGAGCCGCCCAGGAUACUGCACUUCAACCCCAGGCUCGCCGGGGACUUCACCGGCCGCCCCGUCAUCGAGCUCAACACCUGCUACCGCAUGCAGUGGGCGCUGCCGCAGCGCUGCGAGGGCCCGGCGUCGCGGCCCGACGACGACAGAGUUGAUGGCGAAAUCAAGUGUGAGGAAUGGACUCGGGACGAUGGCGCUAAGACAGAGGAAUCGUCAAACAUAAAAUGGCUGCUCAACACUUUGAUCGGCAAACCGGAGCCAGACAAGGUGUCUGUCCAACAGGCGUACCCGUUUGCAGAGGGCAAGCUCUUUGUCCUAACCAUCACAGCCGGUCUCGAAGGCUACCAUGUCAAUGUCGACGGGCAACAUGUUGCAUCCUUCCCUUACCGCACUGGUUACAACCUCGAGGACGCGACGGGCCUGUCGUUGAACGGGGACCUUGACAUCGAGUCGAUUUCUGCAGCCCAUCUGCCCAAAUCACACCCUAGCUUCGACCCACAGCGAUACCUCGAAAUGUCUGAACAGUGGAAGGCCUCGCCUCUGCCGACUGAACCUGUCGAGCUGUUCAUCGGCAUCCUUUCUGCAGCCAACCAUUUCGCCGAGCGGAUGGCCGUUCGCAAGUCAUGGAUGAUUGCCACAAGGAGAUCGUCUAACAGUGUUGCCCGGUUCUUCGUCGCUCUGGUAAGCACCUGUGGAUGA